AUGAAGAAUGAUUUUCCUCAAAAAAAUGUUCCUCUAAUACGAAAAAAAGUUGAUACUGAGAGGAAUCUUAAUACAAAGGAAAUAAAACCUAUAUCUAAUAAAAUUGUGACAAAUAAUAUAAAGCAAACUAAAAAAUGUUCAACAGAUAUAGGCUGGUUAUCAGAAAUGAGUAUUAUGCCUGAAUUAAACAAAAAUGUACCUCAAAUUAAAGUUGUUGAAAGUCAAAAAAAAGCUGUUAUGCCUCAAAAACAAGCACUCCCACUUGAAAUUAAAAAUGUCAUGCCUUUAACAAAGAUUUCUCCAUCUCCAACAAAUGUAUUAAAUCAAACUAAAAAAGUUAAAUCUCCAACAACUAAUAUUGUACCUUUAAUAAAUAUACCUUUAUUUACAGAAACUGUUUCUCCUAUCCAAAAAAAACCUAUACCUAUUCCACAAAAAAUAACUAAUUUAGGAGCAAAACUUGAAACUGAAACAGUUGUAAAAAAUAAAAAUACGGUUUGUGAUAGUGUAAAUAUAACUAAUAAUAAAGAAAUCAAAAUUACAAAAGCCAGAAACAAGUCUCAUUCAACCCCAAUAAAAAGAAAGACAACUACUUUUCUGCCUCUCUCAAAUAGACAAAAAACGAUACAAAUAAUUAAAAAUGCUCCGUCAACUAAAAGAAAUAUGACCUUUAAAGAAAUGGCUGAAAAAUUUACUUCUAUUAUUAUGAAAAAAGAAUUAAAAGGAUUAAAAGUAGAAUUUGAGACAAAUUUUUUAAAUUGUAAACUUCCUAAUAAUAUAUUAUAUCAGGAUUUACAAAAGAAUGAAAAUAAAAAUAUUACUCCAAAUGUGCCAUUAAUAGAUAAUACUAGAGUUGUUCUUAAGAAUAGUCCAAUCGAUAAUAAUUAUAUAAACGCAAAUUACGUGGCAACAGGCAAUAAUCGGCAAAGAUUAAUUUUGACUCAAUAUCCAAUGAAUAAUACUGUAGAAGAUUUUUUUCAAAUGAUUAUACAAGAAAAUGUUAAGUAUGUUAUUCAAUUAGCUAAUAUAGAUGAAUUAGGGGAUUCUUUAAAAGGAGCAGAAUAUAUUCCAAAAAAUAAGACAAUUAAUAUAAAGAAUAUUAAUAUAUUUAAUGUUAAUGAAACAAUUUCAAAGUUAGAUAAAAAUAUUAAAAUAACUGAAAUAAUGUUUAAAUGUAAUGGAAAAGAAUAUAAUUUCAAGCAUUUUCUUUGGAUUAAAUGGCCACAAAAAGGAUGUCCAAAUCCAUGGGAAUUAACAGCUAUUACUAUUUAUGAUUAUGUAUCAAAAUCAACUAGCCCAAUUUUAAUACAUUGUAGAAGUGGAAUAAGACGUAGUGGAAUAGUUGCGGCUAUUUUUAUGGCCAUAGACGAUUUUAAUACAUAUAAAAUGAAUGAAAAUAUGAUUGAUAUUGUUAAAAAUCUUCGCAAUUCUCGAGCAUUAUGUAUUAACAUAGUCGUUGAUUAUUACUUUUUACACUUGCAAUUAAUUCAUUAUUUUUUAAAAAAAAACUUUAUUAGUAAUUCACAACAAUUGAUGGAACUUAUGGAUGAUUAUGAUCCAGCUAACAAAAAACAAGCAGAAUUUGAAAAGAAGAAAUCUAAUGUUUCAGUCUAUGGAAAUAAUACGUUAGAAAUUAAGAAUAUACAAUAA